AAUUCUCCGUCGGCUGCUUCCCCUUCGCUUCCCUUUAACCGACUCAUCGCCGCCGCCCCCGCCGGCGGGGACGACGACGCUGUCUUGACUUCUUCUCGUUAGACUCUUCGGCCGAGCCGGACGGCGGCGGCGGCGGCGCAAAUUUUCCCUUCGGUGGCCGGACUUCGGAUUCGGGUCCGAGCAGUCGCGACUCAGACUGAAGCAAAGAAAACAUUGCAAAGGCAAGAUAAGUUUUCAUGGGUCCUGGUCCCAAACAGCCUCAGUUCUGCUUGAAAUGGCCAUGGGACAUCCACCGGAACCCUGCUGACCCCAGAGGCUGUAGCUUUGAAACUCCAUGGGUGUUCAAAUCUUUGCAAAACAUGGGCUCCCUCGCUUCCAAUCUCCUCGUUUCUGCCUUAAAAUCCCCGCUUUCUCAUGACCCAUCUCCUCAAUCCUCGCCCUUGGUUGCUGGAACCAGUAAAGACAAGGUCUUGAAGUCGCAAAAGAAGGGCUUGAGUGCUGAAGAGCAAGGAGAGGCGGAGCAGAGAGCGUUGGCCUCUGCUUUGGCCAGUCGGAAGGAGGCCACUGUGAUCGAGUUCUACUCACCCAAGUGCCGGCUGUGUAGUUCUUUGCUCAAGUUUGUUCUGGAGGUGGAGGGGCGGAAUUCGGAUUGGCUCAGCAUUGUUAUGGCAGAUGCAGAGAAUGAGAUGUGGCUUCCUGAGCUCCUCCACUAUGACAUUAGAUAUGUUCCUUGCUUUGUGCUUUUGGACAAAAAUGGGAACGCACUGGCAAAAACAGGCAUUCCAAGCAGUAGGCUUCAUGUAAUAGCUGGCCUAACUCAUCUUCUCAAAAUGAAGCGUCCGCAAAACAAGUGAUUGCUGUAUCAGGCACUGUUGAUGAUUCAGCCGACACUGAAUGACAAUUUUCGUAAGUUGCCCGAGCUGAUUAUGUGGAAAUUGCUGACCGCCUUUUAUACUUCUGCCAGGAGUCACCUGUUAGUGCUACUAGUGCGAGCGAUCUGUACUUUUCCUUCUGUGUAGAGUUGUGACAAGCUGAAUAUAAAAGACGUUAGUGAUUGAUGGUGUUUCUCCCCAAUAGAAUGGUUGAAAGCUUGAAAACCAAUUUCAUGUCAA